CCCUCCUCGUGCGCCUCCGCCGUCGCUCCUGGGGGCGGGGGAACCGGGGGAAGUGUCUCUUCAUGGCGUCAUCGGGAAGCGCCGCAGCCCCAACACGUGAGAGGCCGUUAUGGUGCUGGGCCGCGGUGGGAUGGUGACUGUUCUCCCUCUACUGCUGCGGCGCCUGGCGGGCACCCGGGCGGCAGAGGGCGCGCAGUCCUCCGGGGUUGUGGUGCGCAUACCCUGGGCCCUACGCCUGCGGCUGCAGGGGGGCGCGCAGCGCCGUCGGCGCGUGGAAGGGAGGGUGGUGGCAACGCGGCCCGGGAAGCUGCUACUGAGGAGCCGGCGGCCGGAGCUGAGCCAGCCCAGCUGGCAGACGGUGGGGCGCUGGGAGCGGCCGCAGCUGGUGUCGGCGGGCUGGAAGCACAGGAAGGCAUACGGGGACUACUUCGAGCUGGAGCCCUUGCAGGAGGUGGCUCCUGCGCUGCAGGCGCCGUCGGCUGAUGGGGCACAGGGCCCGUCCUUCGCCGAGAUGGGGUUGCAGCCAGUGUUGCUGGCCGCCCUGGAAGACCUCUCUGUGAGCCGCCCCACAGCGGUGCAGCGCCUUGCCAUCCCUGCGCUGCGCCGCGGCCGCAACGCCCUCUGCGCCGCCGAGACCGGCAGCGGCAAGACACUGGCCUACCUGCUGCCGCUGCUGGACAGGCUGCUGACUUGCCCCGAGGAGCCGGUAGAGGUGCCAGGGCCGCCGUCGCCCCGCGGGCUGGUGGUGCUUCCGUCGCGGGAGUUGGCGUUGCAGGUGGGAGCGGUGACGGCGGCUCUGUGCCGGCCGGCGGGGCUGCAGGUGCGCGGGUUGACGGGCGGCGGCGCGGCAGGUGGGCUGCGGAGGCAGCUGCGGUGCCCGCCGCCCGGUCCUGCCGUGCUGCUGGGCACGCCCGGAGCGCUGCGGGAGGCGCUGCGGCGGCGCUUCCUGACCUUGGGGCGGCUGCUCUGGAUGGUGUUGGACGAAGCGGACGUCCUGAUGGACGAGACCUUCACGGAGCCGCUGGAGCAAAUCCUGGCUCACGCUCCCCUCACCACUGGGGCUCCCGGGCCGGCCGGACCCGGAGAGUCGAGGAUUCAGAUGGUAGUGGUGGGAGCUACUUUCCCCGCGGGGCUGACCGAGACGCUGGAGAAGUUCUCCGAUGUGCGCCGUUUUGACACCCUCACAACCCGGAGCCUGCACCGUCUGCCGUCUCAUGUCAAGCAGAAAUUUAUCCGCGUCAAAGGCCAGGACAAGCUGCCUGAACUGCUACAGCUACUUAAGGAACGCUCAGCAUGCAGCGGGGCUGUUCUCAUCUUCUGCAGGAGUGCCAGUACUGUCAACUGGCUAGGCUAUAUUCUGGAUGACCACAAAAUCAAGCACCUGAGGUUGCAGGGACAGAUGUCAGCAGAUGCUAGAGCUGGCAUCUUUGCCUCCUUCCAGAAAGGCGAUGUCUCUGUCCUUGUCUGCACUGACCUUGCUUCACGGGGGCUAGACACAAGCAGCGUGCAACUGGUGGUUAACUAUGACUUCCCAGACACCCUGCCAGACUACCUGCAUCGCGCAGGGCGAGUUGGACGGGUUGGCAGCAAGGCGCCUGGAGUCGUUGUUAGUUUUGUCACCCAUCGGUGGGAUGUGGACCUGGUACGGAAAAUAGAGACUGCAGCCCGCAAAAGGACAGGUCUCCCAGGCAUGGACUGUUCUGUUAAUUAGUCUCUACCUAAAGGAGGUUGUCUCAGGUUGCUAAGCAGUAAUAAAUGACGUGAUAGGGACUGGGCUUGAAGUUACUAGGCAGAGUGAAUGAGAUUUGCUAAGUUAAACUGAAAGAACAGAGAACUGAGUUUCAGAACCAGGUGAUGGAAUUAACUUUGUGCACUGUUCUGGAAGGAGCAGUAGUCAUUUUUAUGGGCAUGAUAAUUUUGUGUGAAUAACAAAAUGCCUUUGGAAGAGACUGAGGAAUCAUCAGACCCUUUAACUUGAAUUCAAAUCAGAAUGAAAGUGUGCCUGCAUGAUGUGCAGCUCUGUAUCAUUUCACCUUUCCCGCUACCAGCAACUAAACAUUCAUUAUUAGAGGCCUCUAAAGUUUGGUGGGAAUCAGAAAGUAAAACUUGAGGCUUUUUUGAGAUCUUAAUUUGUCAUUUAAUGGUUACCUUUCACUGAGAAAGAGGAUCUUGUUGCUUUAUAUUAAUAAUUUUUCAAAAUGUAAGUGCUUUUACUCUUUCUUUUUCUGCGUGCUGUAAUGACAUGUCUGAUCUCUGACUGUAAAAAGAAGCAAGCCUAGAGUAGCGGAGUGAAUAUGUGAUUUCUUUUGAACGUUGCGCUGUCAUUCUUUUCUGCUUUGAACUGAAAGGAUUAAAGGCUAUUUCCUACCUA